AUGAGGAUGAUGCUUGAGAACGAAAGUAAGAUACAAAAGUUCAUCAAGAAGCAAAGAGACGAUCUAGAGGCUGACAGGAGUGUUGAACCAGAAUUUGUGGUGGCUGAUAUGAUUCACAGUGACGAAGACUCGCGUCAGGAGAAGAAAGCCAUUCAAGAAACAUUUGUUUCGUCUGUUUCCAAUGAAUGUGUAUCAAUAGCAACUUUGUUGAUAGUUAUCCAAUUGGGUUUUGGUGUUUUGAGUUUUCCUCUAUAUAAGGAUGUGCUAGCUUGUGGCACAACUUGUGAGAUUAAGAGGCUUAAGGUUUUGAAGCUUGAUUCAAUGGCUGGAGAAGACGUUAAGACUUUGAUGGAAGGAGAAGAAGGAAAAAUCUUGGCGACAAGAAAAGAUGAUGAAACCGGAUCAUCAUCAUCGACUGAAGGAGGAUCUUCCUCUAUCAAGUGUCCCAUGUUGAACCCGAGUAAUAACACUGUGUGGUCCAUGAAGAUGAAAAUCUUACUCAGGGUUCACAAAGCUUGGGACGUGAUCGAGAAGGGAAAUAUUGAUGAGACAAAGAAUGACUUGGCGAUUGCUCUCAUUGUGCAAUCGAUUCCUGAAUCCCUCACCCUUCAGGUUGGUGUUCUAGAGUCUGCUCGAGAAAUAUGGGAAGCCAUAAGAUCAAGACACAUAGGAGUAGAUAUGGUUAAGGAGGCAAGACUGCAGACACUAAUGGCUGAAUUUGAUAGGUUGAGAAUGAAAGGCACUGAAAAGAUUGAUGAGUUUGUGGAAAAGCUUUCAGCAAUUUCAACUAAAUCGGCUGCUUUGGGAAAAGAAUUGCCAGAACCUAUGAUAGUCAAGAAGUUCAUGUCAAGUCUUCCUCGAAAGAAGUUUAUUCACAUAGUUGCUUCUCUCAAGCAAGUACUUGAUCUGAAUAAAACGAGCUUCGAGAACAUCGUAGGUCGUUUGAAAGCUUAUGAGGAGGGAAUCGGAGAAAAAGAGGUAGAUCACGAAGAUGACCAAGGCAAACUCAUGUUUGCCAAUACAAACUCAUUCGGUAACUACAGAGGAAGGGGACGAGGAGGUCGUUCUUCCAGAGGUAGAGGACGUGGAAGAUUUGGCUUUCAACCGAAGGAUAAGGAACAAGACUUGUCUCAUAUUACCUGCUUUCGAUGUGAUAAGCAAGGCCAUUAUGCCCCUGACUGUCUAGAUAGACUACUUAAGCUGCAAGAGGCUGUCGAGAAAAAGGAGGAGGAUACUCACAUAGCUGAUGAGCUAAUGAUGCAUGAAGUCGUAUACCUUCAGGAAGACAAGGACGUUACGGGAAAGGUUCGAUUUGGAGACGACUCGCGUGUUGACAUCAAAGGAAAAGGAUCCAUCAGGUUUCUGCUUGAGAACGGCGAGAAGAAAGCCUUGCAUAAUGUUUACUUUAUACCAGACUUGAAGAGUAAUAUCAUGAUUGUGAGAACAACAAGAUCCAAGAACCGUCUCUACAAAGUUGUGGUGGAGGUUGAAGGCAUCAAUUGUUUACAGUUGGUCACUGCAGGUGAGUCAUCUACAUGGCACGCACGACUAGGCCAUAUCGAUGCAGACACAAUGAAGCUGAUGAUGAGUCGAGACUUGUUGACAGAUCCAUACUCUCCUCAGCAGAAUGGGGUUGUUGAAAGGAGAAAUAGGACACUUUUGGGGAUGACAAGAAGCAUCCUGAAACAUAUGGAGCUGCCAAACUUUCUGUGGGGAGAAGCCGUUAGACACUCCACAUACUUGAUUAACAGAAUUGCAACUAGGUCUUUGGUUGAUAAGACUCCGUAUGAGAUGCUGAAAGGACUGAAGCCAAACCUUGAUCACUUGAGAACAUUCAGGUGCAUUGUGUACGCAAAAACAGAGUCUGUGGGGAGAAAGAAACUAGAUGACAGAUCAAGAGUUCUGGUGCACUUAGGAACUGAGCCUGGCUCGAAAGCUUACCAUUUACUCGACCCUUCCAAUCGGAGAAUCAUCGUCAGUCAUGAUGUACGUUUCGAUGAAAGCAGAGGAUGGGAUUGGAAGAGAAGUGAAACAGAGGAACAAGGGAAUUCUGCAGGUUUUUCUGUUAAUAUUGGUGCGUUUGGGAACAGAGGAGUUCACUUGUUAGGACAAACACAAGGAGAAGAAGAGAACAAUAAUGAGAUCCAGGGUGAAGAAGAAAGCGAGUUAGAACAUGGACUUGAUAAGGAGGUAGAUGGCAGUGAAUUGAAUGGAAAGGGUAGCAUAGAAUCGCAACAGUCAAUGAUAAAAGCUUGCGAUGAUGAACUCGCCUCCAUUGAAAAGAACAAAACCUGGAACUUGGUUGAUCUGCCGUCUGGAGUUAAGCCUAUUGUUUUAAAAUGGGUGUUCAAGAUAAAGAAAAAUUUAGAUGGAAGCAUAAACAAGUACAAGGCGAGAUUAGUUGCUAAAGGGUAUGUUCAACAAUAUGGAAUCGACUAUGACAAAGUCUUUGCACAUGUGGCUCGUAUGGAAACAAUCAGACUCAUAAUCGGUCACUCUGCUUCAUAUGGUUGGGAGAUAAAUCACUUGGAUGUAAAAACAGCGUUCUUGUAUGGUGACCUAAAGGAGGAGGUGUUCGUUACUCAGCCAGAAGGGUUUGUAGUAAAGGGAAGUGAGAGCAAAGUUUACAAGCUAAACAAAGCUCUCUACGGCUUAAAACAAGCACCCAGAGCUUGGAAUGCUAAGCUAAACAUGACUCUCAGAAGAAUGGGUUUUCAGAGGUGCUCUAAGGAGCCAUCUUUAUACUACAAGAAGAGAAGAGAUGAGCUUCUUGUUGUAGCGGUGUAUGUCGACGAUCUACUGGUCACUGGCUCUGAUCGGUCUUCAAUUUUUGACUUCAAGAAGAGGAUGGCUGAGCAAUUCGAGAUGAGUGAUCUUGGAUUACUUACCUUUUAUCUUGGCAUCGAGGUAAAGCAGCUUGAAACGGGCAUUAUCAUGAAACAAGAAAGAUAUGCGCUCAGGAUACUUGAGGAGACUGGAAUGAGUGAAUGUAAUCCCACUCAUAUACCGAUGGACAUGAAUCUGAAGCUAUCCAAGUCACAUGAUGAAAUGGCUGUUGAGGAGCAAAAGUAUCGCAAAGUUAUAGGAUGCUUGCGUUAUUUGAUUCACACACGACCAGACCUUGCAUACAAUGUUGGUGUGUUGAGCAAAUAUAUGCAAGAACCUAAGGAGUCACAUGGUGCGAGUUUGAAGCAAGUACUCAGAUAUCUUCGUGGAACAAGCUCGUUUGGUCUGUUUUACAAACGCGCGAGUAAGGUACGACUUGGGGAAAAGCACGUUGAAGAUCUAAAUGAAGGUUCACAUAAGGAGAAGGACUCCUCUGAAGAGAAGCAUUUGAUUCAGCAUGAAGACUCUGUUAGAGUGAACACAUUAUGUCAGCAUCAGGAAGUGAUUGGUGAAACAUAA